UAUUACUACUACUACAAAGUGAGAGUCAUACUGUCAUAAUAGAAGCGAAUCGCAACGUACAGACUGUGAAAAUGACGGCCGCCGAGAAGGACCAAUGUCUUGCUGAUUACCGGAGAAGGCUUAUUGAACACAGAGAAGUAGAUUCCAAACUCAGGAAGUUCCGAGAAGAGAAAAAGGAGUUAGACAAACAGUAUGAUAAAAGUGAGAAUGAUCUGAAGGCUCUACAAAGUGUAGGUCAGAUUGUAGGAGAGGUCCUUAAGCAGCUGACUGAAGAAAAAUUCAUCGUAAAAGCAACUAAUGGUCCUAGAUAUGUGGUUGGUUGCAGAAGACAGUUGGAUAAAGCAAAGCUGAAGCCUAGCACUCGAGUGGCUCUUGACAUGACAACUCUCACUAUUAUGAGAUAUUUACCUCGUGAGGUUGACCCUCUAGUUUAUAAUAUGAGUCAUGAAGAUCCUGGUGAUGUAACUUAUAACCAGAUUGGUGGUCUAGCAGAACAAAUUCGAGAACUGAGAGAGGUUAUUGAAUUGCCAUUGUUGAAUCCAGAACUCUUCCACCGUGUUGGUAUUUCACCACCAAAAGGAUGUUUACUAUAUGGCCCUCCUGGUACUGGAAAGACCCUCCUUGCUCGAGCUGUGGCAUCGCAGUUGGACUGCAACUUUUUGAAGGUUGUGUCCAGUGCUAUUGUGGAUAAGUACAUAGGCGAAUCAGCUCGUCUUAUUCGAGAAAUGUUUAACUAUGCCCGUGAUCACCAACCAUGCAUCAUCUUCAUGGAUGAAAUUGAUGCAAUUGGUGGUCGUAGAUUCUCAGAAGGCACUUCAGCAGAUCGUGAGAUUCAGAGAACUUUGAUGGAGCUGCUAAAUCAGAUGGAUGGUUUUGACUCUCUUGGCCAGGUCAAAAUGAUCAUGGCCACAAAUCGACCAGACACUCUUGAUCCAGCUUUGUUGAGACCAGGAAGGUUGGACAGGAAAAUUGAGAUUGCUCUUCCAAAUGAGCAAGCUAGGUUGGAGAUCUUGAAGAUCCAUUCUGGGCCAAUCACUAAACGUGGUGAAAUAGAUUAUGAGGCUGUAGUAAAGCUGUCUGAUGGAUUCAAUGGUGCUGAUCUGCGAAAUGUGUGUACUGAAGCAGGUCUCUUUGCCAUUCGCAAUGAGAGAGAUUACGUUAUUGAGGAAGACUUCAUGAAAGCUGUUAGGAAAGUUUCUGAUAACAAGAAGCUAGAAACUAAAUUAGACUACAAACCUUUAUAAGUCAUACGAUGCCCUUUCUACUAUUUGUCUUUCUUUAUAUUUUCUCAUUGUAUGGUUUUGUAAUGCACAAUGGACAUCUGAUGUUAAUUCGUGUGCGAAUAUGGUAAGAUUAACAAUGCUUUAGUACAGUAUUUUCAGUUUAGUAGCUAUAUUACUACCUAAGAACAUAGACUUUAAUUGAAUGGUGUCCUUUGGAUAUAUUGGAAUUAAAGAGUUGUAUAGUAA